AGCCACACCUUCAGCUGCCCUGCUCAGGUGAUCCCAGCAAGUGAAACUCAGUCAGGGAAAGCUCAGGAAACGUAUUCACAUUCCAGCAUCAGACACUGACACAUUAAGCAUAAACCAUGACUUCCCCAUUCACCAGGAAAUCAUACCCUCGUGACACAGGCAAGUCCAGUGUGGUAGACGACAGCAAAAAGAAGACAUCCCUGCUGCAGGACAACAGCUGGAUCAAGAAAGAACCGAUUGAUGAUAAAGUAGUGGACCAAACUUCAAACUAUGGGAGAAGUGUUCUGGGCCGGUAUAAAUCCACUGAAAAUCUUACCAGCCCUUCAGAAACUAAGACCAGCACCGUCAUCACCAGCUCCUCCACAGUCACUGACUCGGGUUCAUCAAGAACAUCUGUUCAGUCCCUGACUAAAAGAUUCAGUUCAAGUCAGGAUGAACUGGAUUCAUUCAGCACUCCUACUACUCCUACUUCAUCUUUCAAAGAUGGCACAAAGACAACUGUGACCACAAGCAGGACAUCUGUGUUGAAUUCACCAACCAAAACGAAAACAUUCAGUGAAAAGAUCUUCACAAACCCCAAGACUACUACUAGUGAAGAAAUAAAAACUAUCAAAUCAGUGAGAACACCAACCUCACCCACCAAGACUACCAAGCAAGAGACUUUCACUGUGACUACUUCUAAGGAUAGCCCAGUGCAAAAAGACAUCAAAACAGUCAAAUCAGUGACAACACCAACCUCACCCACCAAGUCUUCCAAGACAGAGACUGUAACAGUGACCACUUUUAAGGAUAACACAGUGCAAGAUGGCACCACAACAGUCAAAUCAGUGACAAUACCAAGCUCACCCACCAAGAAUACCAAAACAGAGACUGUCACUGUGACUACUUUUCAGGACACCAUAUAUAAAGAUGACGUCAAAUCAGUCAAAUCAACACCACCGUCCUCACAGACCAAGAUCAUUUCAGACAAAACCUAUACAAGUACUACUCCAACUUCAAAAACAUCAUCCUAUUCUUUCAGUUCCAAAUCCAGUACUGAGGACCAGUUGUUUGAUACCCUCAUACCCUCAUCCAUCAAGGACACUUAUGCUUCUGACAUCAGGAAUGAUAAAAGUGGUGAAACCAGAUCUACAGCAUAUACCAGAAUGUCUUCCAAAGACAGCAGACCCGAAGAGUACAUUUCUGAAAAUGUGUACACAGAAUACGUGAAGACAUCAUCUGCGAUGUCUGACAGUCAUGUAUUCGACAGUCGUCGGGGCACCACAAAGACCUACACUGCUACAACUUACUCAGACAGCAGACCUGAAAUUCUCUUAGACACCUACAAAUCAAGUAGGUCAAGUAUGGAAAUGCUUUACACAACACCUGAAAGGAAAAUAUAUGCUGAGAAGGAUAUUUGCACAUACUGCCAGAAACCAAUUCUCUAUGAUACAAAGAUGAUACUAGAGGAAAUGGAUAUAAAGUGCCAUGCCAAUUGUUUCAAGUGUCAGGUGUGUAACAGUAAUCUAGGACACCUGAAAGCAGGGGACAGCAUGUGGGUGUACCAGCGCAAUGUGCACUGUGAGGCCUGCUUUGGUGUCAUUAAAGGUAAAUGGCAUCGCUGAAGUCAAAACAACUGCAAAUCCAUGAAGUACACGGACAUAAAGAAAUGUCAAAUAAUGUUAAAAUAGUUUGAUAUGGUAAAGGAAAGAAAACAGUUCUGUAUGCAUAUCAAAGAUUCAUUCAUAGGUUUUUUUAAAAAAUAACAUUCAUUGUGGGUGGUGGAGCUGUUGACAAUACAUAUGGGAGGAGAUUUGGCUCUUUAUUUUAUUUUAUUCAAUAUAAAGCAUCUAUAUAUUAUUAUUAUUUUCAUAUCUCGUUUGCUAAAUGAAGUGAACUACUGACAAUUAACGAGUGAAGUAAUCUGUUAUGAGCUACUAUAGGUUAAUAGAUUAUGUUAGUGAAGUGUUUCUUUUUGGUCUUCUUUUUAAUUUUUGUUUAAAAAUUAAAUAUUAACCCAUGUUUGACCCACAAUAAAAUCUAUUUUUGGUUGGUGUAA